AUGUCAACUCAACCGCCACUAACGAACUCCCAGCAGCAGUGGGCCGACAUCGACGCCCUUGUCAAGUCGAAAAGGUCCGCCUUCGCGUCAAAAGAGGCUCUCAAAGAGAAAAUUGCCAACAUGCAACUCACAUCCGAGAGACUGACGCAAGCGCUGAAUCUUGCCAACACCUUGGUCGACGAGGCUGUAUCUAAAGAGAUCGACUCUUACUAUCUCAAAAUUGAGAAUCUAAGAACGUUUCUCCGGUCGAAUUCAGAGGCUAUGGCUCGGAUGAGGCAGGAUAGCAUUGAGCUCAGAAAGGGCCACCUCGCCGACAAGAUCACGCUGCGGUGGGAUGUUACUGAGUAUACGGAGAAUCUGGUUGGGAAAGGGCCCCUUGGUUUGGCCAUUAGGCGACAAGGCGUUUGA